AUGGCUAGUAGUCUUCGUCAAACGAGUAAUGUAGUACACGUUCCCGACAACUGUGUUGCCAAUUUAAUGUACUAUUUGAAUUGUGUUCUUGAUCUGAUUGAUUAUAAUGAUAACAAUUUGUAUAAAUUUUGCGAUUACGAAAAUUAUGAUGAUCUAUCUGCACAAGAAUUACGUGUUCUCUGGGUCUUAUGUCUAACAUUAUCACCUGAUGAACUUAUUGAUAAAUGUAUGUUUCAAUCGAACGUUCUAUGUGGAACAUCGACGAAUCGAUUUUACGAAUUAUCACAAACGCAACAACUUCGUCUAAUGGUAUCAAGCACAAUAUUUAUUGGUGGACAAGCGAGACGUGUAAAAAAAUUUAUGGCCUACAGACAAGUAUGGAUGGUUAAUAAUUAUAUACAACCAAUGUUACAAUUACCAGGAGCCAUUCAACGACAGAUACAAUUUGAACAAGUAGCAGAAAAUAUAUCUCAAGCAUGUAUAAUUUCAUAA